GGACGCUACAUUUUGGGGGGAUCCACAGAGCAUACCAGACGGAAUAUUUCCUCUUUACUACUUUAAACAUCACUUUUCUCCCGCAGUGGAUUUACAGUGUCGCUUUCAGAGCACGGCGGCACCGUAGCGCAUCUUCAGGAGAUGCCUCAUCACGCGCGGAGAUGCAGGGAAAUCUAUUCAUUCAGGCGCUUUCAACGCCAGUGACUGAAUUCAUCCGAGUUUGAAAAAGGAUUUUAAGAUUAAAACCUAUAUAUUUAUUCUUGCUUAAAGCCUUACGUUCUGGUUCCAGCAAACAAAACUGUAAUAAAUAAAAUAAGGAUUGAAAUAUUUGUCUUUUAAAACGUGCUCUUUGCACAGUUUUCAAAGUUUGACAGCAGCCUGUAUAGCAAUAAAUCGUUUUUCUUAGCGAUCGGACUGUUUAAUAGACUCCUCCUCAGUAAACGCAGGGUUCAGACUCACCGGAGCGGCGCGCUCAGUGUCUCGCAUCGCUCUUCGGCGCAACAUGUAUCCGGCUCGGCGCGCUGCGGGUUCAGAGACGCGUCGGAGCGUCAUGUCUAGGCGUGCGGUAACACUGAAGUGGAGUGCCGGUUGGAUUUUGAUGUUCGCUGUCUUCACAAAUACUUGCGCGCAAGAUGAUGUUCCACCCUACUUCAAGAUGGAGCCAGUGGCAACCCAAGUCCACCUGGAAGGGAACCGGUUGGUUCUCACCUGCAUGGCUGAGGGCAGUUGGCCCCUGGAGUUCAAAUGGCUUUACAACGGCACCGAGCUGACACGUUUCUCCUUAGAGUACAGGUAUGUGAUCCCGUCGCUGGACCGCUCCCAUGCGGGCUUCUACCGGUGUAUCGUGAGGAAUCGGGUGGGGGCUUUGAUGCAGAGAAGUACACAUGUCCAGGUCGCCUACAUGGAAGGCUUUGUGGAUGGAGAACGAUCUCAGGUGGUGUCCCAGGGGGAGGCGGCAUUGAUCUUUCCCCCACAGAUCCACAGCUUUCCCCGGCCCGGGAUCACAUGGUUCAGAGACGGCCGCAAGAUCCCCCCCAGCAGUCGCAUAGCUCUCACUCUGGACAACACGCUGGUCAUUCUCUCUGCGGUUGCCCCUGAUGCGGGCCGUUACUACGCUCAGGCCGUCAAUGACAAGAACGGGGAGAACAAGACCAGUCAGCCCAUCGUCCUCACCGUGGAAAAUGUGGGUGGUCCAGCAGACCCAAUCGCUCCCACGAUCAUAAUCCCGCCGAAGAACACCAGCGUGAUGGUGGGCACGUUUGAGGUCACGCUGGAAUGUGUGGCCAAUGCGAGGCCUCUCAUUAAACUCGGUAUUACAUGGCGGAAAAAUGGCGUGCUGGUAAACCGAGGCCUGAGGGACUAUGGCCGUCGCCUGACAAUCAGCGGUCCAUUGGUCAGUGACAGCGGAUACUACGAAUGUGAAGCUUCUCUCCGAAGCAGCAGCGCCCCCUCUGUCACCGCUGGGGCAUAUCUGCACGUGCUGGAACAUCCUCAGUUUGUAAAGGAACCCGACAGACACAUAACGGCUGAGAUGGAAAAGGUGGUAGACAUCCCAUGCCAAGCCCGCGGUGUUCCUCAGCCAGAUAUGGUGUGGUAUAAGGACGCUGUACCCAUAAGCCCCGUGAAGACACCUCGGUACAAGGUCCUGGUGGGCGGCAGCCUGCAGAUAAACGGACUGCUCCCCGACGAUACCGGAAUGUUCCAGUGUUUCGCGCGCAACUUAGCGGGAGAGAUCCAGACGAACACGUACCUCGCUGUCACCAGUAUCGCACCGAACAUCACGGCCGGCCCAUCUGACAGCGCUGUGAUUGAUGGCAUGUCCAUCAUUUUACACUGUGAGACUUCAGGGGCCCCACGACCUGCAAUCACAUGGCAGAAAGCUGAUCGGGUUCUGGCUAGCGGCUCUGUCCAGCUGCCACGUUUCACUUUGUUGGAGUCGGGCAGCCUCCUGAUCAGACCAUCGCACCUGUCUGAUGCCGGAACCUACACCUGCAUGGCCAGUAACUCACGAGGGAUUGACGAGGCUUCGGCUGAUCUGGUGGUGUGGGCUCGGACCCGAAUCACCAAUCCACCUCAGGACCAGAGCGUGAUCAAGGGCACCAAAGCGGCCAUGACCUGUGGGGUGACCCAUGACCCCAGCGUCGCAGUCAAGCACGUCUGGGAGAAAGGAGGAUCGGUUAUUGACGUGAAGUCAAGCCCUCGGUUGCGUCUCGAUGGGAACGGCAGCCUGCACAUCACCCAGACCUGGUCGGGGGACAUCGGGACCUACACCUGUAAGGUCACCUCUGUGGGAGGCAACGAUUCCCGCAACGCUCACCUGCGAGUCCGACAAUUGCCUCACGCUCCCGAGAACCUCAUCGCCACCCUCAGCAGCUCCGAGAGAAGAACCAUCAACCUGACGUGGGCUCAGGCCUUUGACGGGAACAGCCCGCUCAUCCGCUACAUCCUGGAAGUGUCGGAGAACAAUGCUCCCUGGACCAUCCUUAUGGCGAACAUCGAUCCGGAAGCCGCCAGCGUGAUUGUCGCGGGUCUCAUCCCCGCGCGUUCUUACCAGUUCCAUCUGUGUGCCGUCAAUGACGUGGGGAAGGGCCAGUUCAGCAGGGAAACGGCACGAGUAUCAUUACCCGAGGAGCCCCCCAGCGCCCCUCCUCAGACGGUGAUAGCCAGUGGCCGAACCAACCAGUCCAUUAUGAUCCAAUGGCAGCCGCCUCCCGAGAGCCAUCAAAACGGGCCCCUACAAGGCUACAUAAUCAGGUACUGCCUGUCUGGAUUGCCAGUGGACUGUCAGAUGAAGAAUAUCACCAACCCGGACCAAACCAAUCUACUGCUGGAGGACCUCAUCAUUUGGACCAACUAUGAGAUUGAGGUGGCGGCGUACAAUGGGGCAGGCCAGGGCGUCUACAGCCCUAAAGUCACAGAAUGGACCCUGCAGGGUGUGCCCACGGUCCCACCAGGGAAUGUUCAGGCAGAGGCUGUCAACUCCACAACAGUCCGUUUCACAUGGAGCGCCCCAAGUCCACAGUUCAUUAACGGCAUCAACCAGGGAUACAAGCUGUUGGCAUGGGAACCAGGCCACGAGGAAGAUGUUACCUUGGUUACGGUGAGACCCAAUUUUCAAGACAGCGUUCAUGUGGGUUACAUCAUCGGGCUGAAAAAGUUCACGGAGUACUUCACCUGUGUGCUGUGCUUCACCACGCCGGGAGACGGACCUCGCAGUACCCCACAGCGCAUACGCACUCAUGAAGACACUCCAGGACCUGUAGGUCACCUGAGCUUCACAGAAAUCCUGGACACAUCUCUGAAAGUGAGCUGGAAAGACCCACCUGAAAAAAACGGGAUUCUCACAGGAUAUCGCAUUUCCUGGGAGGAAUUCAACAGGACAAACACACGGGUCACGCACUACUUACCAAACUUGACGCAGGAGUACCGGGUCACGGGCCUGACCGCGCUCACUACCUACACCAUUCAGGUGGCCGGCAUGACCUCUAAAGGUCAAGGUCAACUGUCGUCAUCUACCAUUUCGUCCGGUGUGCCACCAGAGAUGCCCGGGCCUCCUACCAACAUCGCCAUUUCCAACAUCAGCCCUCGCUCGGUUACCCUGCAGUUCAAACCAGGCUACGACGGCAAAACAUCCAUCUCACGCUGGCUGGUAGAGGCUCAGGUCGGUGUUAUUGGAGAAAAUGAGGAGUGGGUUACGGCCCAUCAGUUGGCCAAUGAGCCUGAUGCACGAUCACUUGAAGUUCAGGGACUGAACCCUUACACCUACUACAGGUUCCGAAUGAGGCAGGUCAAUAUUGUAGGUACCAGUCCACCGAGCCAGCCAUCCAGAAAGAUCCAGACCCUGCAGGCGCCUCCCGAUAUCGCCCCGGCCAACAUCACUCUCCGUACGGCCAGUGAGACCAGUCUGUGGCUCAGAUGGGUGCCUUUGCCCGAGUGGGAAUACAAUGGCAAUCCAGAGCUGGUUGGAUACAGGGUACAGUAUUCUCAACUGGGAUCAAAGAGUGGCGUCAUGUCCCACAUCAUUCCUGACAGGCUGGAAAGAGAGUUUACCAUCGAGGAUCUGGAGGAGUGGACGGAGUACGAGGUCAAAGUACAGGCGUUCAACGGCAUUGGCCCGGGACCCUGGAGUCAACCAGUUCAUGGCAGAACCAGAGAGUCCGUCCCAUCCAGUGGCCCUGCGAAUGUUUCUGCCUUUGCCACCACGUCCAGCAGCAUCCUGGUGCGUUGGGGUGAUGUGCAGGAGACAGACCGCAAUGGACUUAUUCUGGGCUGUAAGGUGGUCUACAAGGAAAAGGAUGCAGAUGCAGCUCUGCGGUUCUGGACGGUGGAGGGAAAUGCCACCUACAGCGUUCAACUCACUGGUUUGGGAAAGUACGUCCUCUAUGAGAUCCAAGUUCUGGCCUUCACCCGCAUAGGAGAUGGCAUGCCAAGUGCUCCGCCCAUCUUUGAGCGAACGCUUGAUGACGUACCUGGACCUCCAGUUGGGAUCCUUUUCCCUGAAGUUAGGACGUCUUCUGUGAGGCUGAUCUGGCAGCCCCCUGCCCAGCCCAAUGGCAUCAUCCUUGCGUAUCAGAUUGCUUACAGGAAAAACUCCUCUAGCAUUACCUCUGCCACCGUCGAUGUGCUCAACCCCAGCGCGCGACAGUACACAGCCAACGGACUGAAACCAGAGAGCGUUUAUGUGUUUCGACUCACGGCCCAGACUCGAAAAGGCUGGGGGGAGGCGGCCGAGGCUCUAGUGGUCACUACAGAGAAGAGGGCUCGCCCACAGCCCACGAGUCUUCCCGUUGUACCUCAGGAAGAAGUGCAGGCUCGCAGUGUGCUGUUGUCAUGGGAACCGGGUAGCGACGGUCUGUCACCCAUCCGAUAUUACACCAUCCAGUACAGAGAGCUGCCGCAAAGCAACUGGACCGUUCAUUCGGCGUCAGUCAGCCAUGAGGUCACCUCCUAUGUCAUCGACAAGCUCAACCCUUUCACUUCCUACCAGUUCAGAGUGAAGGCCACUAAUGAUAUUGGGGACAGCGAGUACAGUGUGGAGAGCGAAGCAAUCACCACUCUGCAGGACGCACCCGACAAAGCCCCCACAAUCCUCUCUGUGACGCCGCACACCACCACGUCUGUCCUGGUCCGCUGGAAGCCGCCCCCCGAGGAGGAGAUCAAUGGCAUUUUGCUUGGUUUUCGAGUUCGCUACAGAGAACUGCGCUACGACCGCCUACGUAGUUUCAGCGUGCGUACCGUCAACAGCCCAUCUGCCAACUGGGCUGAGCUCACAGCUCCCUACAGUGUGAGGAACCUGACCGAAUCCUCACUUACCCAAUACGAGCUGGACAAUCUGAAUAAGCACAAGCGUUACGAGAUCAGACUGAGCGUGUAUAACGCGGUGGGAGAGGGACCCGUCAGCUCGCCGCAGGAAGUGUUUGUGGGAGAGGCCGUGCCCACCGCCCCGCCUCAGAAUGUGGCUAUCCAGUCCUCAACGGCGACCCAGCUUGAUGUCACGUGGGACCCUCCACCCGUAGAGGCCCAGAAUGGGGAUAUUCAAGGCUAUAAGAUUUAUUACUGGGAGUUUCAGCUUCAGAACGAGACGGAGAGAGUGCGCACUCUCUUCCUGCCCGAGCUGAGCGUGAAAUUAAAAAACCUGACCGGCUACACGACCUACAUGAUCAGUGUGGCUGCCUUCAACGCAGCAGGCGACAGCCCACGCUCACUGCCCACCAGAGGGCGCACUCAACAAGCAGCUCCCAGUGCUCCCAGUUUCAUUCACUUCAGUGAGCUCACCACUACCUCUGUCAACAUGUCCUGGGGUGAGCCCAAACAGCCCAAUGGCAUCGUGGAGGGCUACCGUGUGGUCUACGAACCCUGCACUCCAGUGGAUGACUCCUCUCCUCACACUUCAGGUGUCAGUAAGAUUGUCACAGUGGAUGUGAAAGGCAGCACCCCAUUGUGGAUGAAAAUCAAGGAUCUGGCAGAUGGAGUGACCUACACCUUCCGCAUCCGCGCCAAAACCCUUACCUACGGUCCUGAGAUCGAAGCCAACAUCACUACCGGCCCUGGAGAAGGUGCUCCAGGGCCUCCAGGUGAGCCGUUCAUCUCUCGUUACGGUUCGGCUCUCACCCUCCACUGGUCCAACGGCGACCCCGGACGAGCCCCCAUCACACGCUACGUCAUAGAGGCCAGACCAUCUGACGAAGGAUUGUGGGAUAUCCUCAUCAAAGACAUUCCUAAAGAAGUGACGUCAUACACUCUAAACCUGGAUAUGCUCCGAGAAGGAGUCACUUAUGACUUCCGUGUUAUUGCGGUGAAUGAUUAAGGCUAUGGUUCACCGAGUGCUCCAUCUCCAUCAAUAUCAGCACAAAAGGUCUCUCCCUUUUACGAGGAAUGGUGGUUUCUGGUGGUGAUCGCUCUCGUCGGCCUCAUCUUCAUCCUCCUGCUCGUGUUCAUCCUCAUCAUACGCGGGCAAAGUAAAAAGUACACCAAGAAAACAGACUCAGGCGCCCACUCCAAUUGCACAUCUCUGCCCCUCUCUCACGGCGAGAUGGUUCGGCUGGAUGAAGGACGUUUUCCCGCCCUGGAGCUCAACAACCGCCGACUUUCUGUGAAAAAUUCUUUCUGUCGUAAAAACGGAAUCUACACCCGAUCUCCUCCUCGGCCCAGUCCCGGCAGUCUGCACUACUCCGAUGAAGACGUCAGUGUUAAAUACAAUGAUCUGGUCCCUGCCGAGAGCAGCAGUCUGACCGAAAAGCCAUCUGAAGUGUCUGACUCACAGGGCAGCGACAGCGAAUACGAGUUGGACCCAAACAGGCAGAAGACCCACUCUUUCGUCAACCACUACAUCAGUGAUCCCACCUACUAUAAUUCCUGGCGGCGACAACAGAAGG